GUUACUUUGAUGUCACUGGAGGGAUUUAAUCUUCUCUGAAUCUGAAAUGGUGCUCGCUUUGAUUUCUAUGGUGUAAUUGGCUAGUUGGGUCUAUUUCUUUAUUGCUAAUUUUUCAAUUUUUUGAGAUUAUGGAUAUAUUUUUAUUUAAAACUAGGAUUACGGGUCGGAUUAGUUGAGUCUGAUUGAUGCUUUCUUCCUACUUAUAAUUAGAUGUAAACCAGUUUUGGACAGAGAUCAUUUUUUUUAGUGCUGGAUAUCAAUCAUUUUGGCUUUUUUGUAUAUGUGCUUUUAUAUUCAUAGUGAGAGAUACUGUCAGUUCAUGGGUUCCCACGAUUGUGUAUUUGUAGUUUUGGACUUUUCUCCAGCUCGUUUGCUCAUCUUCUUAUCGCUUUAUCUUUUUGUUUCUGCUUCUGCUAUUGUAGUUGUUUCCUUCUUAACUCUCCCUGUCCUGACCUGCUUGUUGUAUGUUUCUCAGAUUUCAUCUAUGGUUCCUGCCGUUCAGUUCAAGCCCUUUGUCUUCUAUAUCAUCUAUUGUGUUGUUUAACUUCCAUUCUCACUGACCUUGUUAGCUGUUGUAUCUCUCUUCCGGGUUGGAUUUGCCCCAAAUUUCGAUUUUGAUUUUGAUCUCCUUUGUUCACGUCUGUUAAUCUUUGCAAUCACAAUUCUUCUUCUUGAUCAGCAGGUUAUUAUUCUCCCUAUCAGUUUUAAAGAAAUGGAUUUCAUCAAGUUAGCAAGCAAAUCAAAGUGGAAGGAUUUGAUUGAGGAGGAGGAAUAAAAACAUUUUGGGCCAUGGAGAAUUCCUAUGAAACAUCUAAUGGAAAUGGGUUGUUGGACAAUGGUCAUACAACUACAAGACACAGUUCCUAUCAACCCAGCAUUAAGAUAUCAACACCUUGGCUUGAUUUAAGAGUGUUCUAUGUUCGCGUUAGCAAAUGUGAGAUUGAUGACUCAACUCCUGAGUACCUUACAGUUAAUCACAUUCCAUUGCACCCUGAUAUGCUUCUUGAAGUAAAUGGUAUUAGAGUUUCUGUCAACUCUGACGGGCCAUCAAUCAUUCUUAGGAGGGAUAGGUUGGAUAAGAAGUCAGAAGAAGCUACAUUUGUUAGCACUGAUAGCAUAAGGAUUAGUGGGAGUGUGAAGUUUGAGGUUUUCAAUAAGGAUGUUCUUAUAUUAUCUGGGGUUGUUGAAAUGUGCAACAGUAAUGGUCUCAUGGGGAAAUCAAGAGGCCAUGGCCAGAGAUGGAGCAUGAAUUGUGAAUCAGAUGUUACUGAAGGGACUAGCUUCCUGAAGGCGAAACAAUAUUUGGGUUCGGAUUCAGCUUUACCUACUGUUGAGGUCUAUAUUGCAGGAUCCUUCUCAGGCACUCCAAUUAUUUUAUCUAAGACUUUGCAGCUCAAUUUCCGUAAGAAGCAAAUAAGGAAAGGCAUGUUAGAUUCUAUACCAGAAUAUGAGGCAACUGAAGGCCAGGACUAUGUCUCUUCCAGAAUUCCCUUACGGAUGUCAGAAUACUCAAAUCACAAGCCGGAAAACGAGUACUACAAUCACUUAUACUCGGGAACAGAAUAUCUAGAAGGUGAAGAUGGGGAACUCUCAUGGUUCAAUGCUGGUGUUCGGGUAGGUGUUGGAAUUGGCCUAAGCGUGUGUCUUGGAAUUGGUAUAGGUGUGGGAUUGCUGGUUCAAACCUAUCAAGGCACCACGCGCAACUUUAGAAGGCGGCUACUAUAACUAAAGCUUUUCUUGAUGCCAGUACGACAUUACACUUCUCCAUUUUCUCACUUAUCAUCCUAAUGCUGACUCUUGGUGUUUCCAGCAAUUAUGAUUUGUGAAUAAGGUCAUCAUCUAGACGCAGAUGUAUAAAUUUUAGCCAUCGCUGGUUAAGCCUUUCAUCUGAAAUAAAAGGGUACUCCUUUUGAAUGUA